CGCCCAAAGAGAACGAACGCAUGUGCAGAAGCGGACACGCACAGAGCAGACAGAGCACAUUAGCCAGAAAUUACGCGAACGAAAGAAAGUUUAGAGACUCCAGCCACCGUUUAGUUUGAGGCUGAUUGAAUUGGCAUUGAGAAAGUGCAGACAAAACAGAGGAAUAAGUGAUUGUGAUAAUGUUCAAAGGUGUUCCCACUCUAGCCAGCCAGAAUCUUCGCUUCCUGAGGAGCCACACGGAGCAGGCAGCCACCGUUGGCCUGGGCCUGGGCCUGGCUAAACGCUCAAAGGCGACGUCUGUGGAACUGGCUGCGGCGGAUCCCACCGAUGUCCACUCUUUUGGGGAGUCGAAUCUCUUGAAUCGCGUCAAGUUUGGCCAUACGGGCCAGCAGGUGAAGCAGAAAAUCGCAACUGAGAAGAAACUGCGCGCUCCGCCGCUUAUGAAUUUGGUAUUUGCCAAUCGCAAGUUAUCCUUCUACGACACCAGCUCCGGACGCAACGAGGAGAAUGCAAAACUCCAUCGGGAGCAGGAGCAGCGCAAUGCGGAGGAUGUGCUGUUCGAUAUGUUUGCCAGCGAGGAGACGGGACUUAUAUCGAUGGGCAAGUUCCUCAACGGACUGAAGACCACCGGCAUCAGGCGGAAUGAUCCGCGUGUGCGCGAGCUGAUGGACAACCUCAAGAAGGUGCACAAGCUGAACAACUACGAGACGGGAUCCUCGGCGGAGACGCAGCACCUCAACCGUGAGACUUUCAAGGCCGUGGUGGCUCCCAAUAUCGUGCUGAUUGCGAAGGCAUUCCGACAGCAGUUCAUCAUACCCGACUUCUCGAGCUUCGUGAAGGACAUCGAGGAGAUCUACUGUCGCUGCAAGACCAAUACACUGGGCAAAAUCGCCGACUACAUUCCCCAGCUGACGCGCUACUGUCCCGAAUCGUGGGGCGUGAGCAUCUGCACCGUCGACGGACAGCGCUUCUCCAUCGGCGAUGUGGAGGAACCGUUCACACUGCAGAGUUGCAGUAAGCCGCUUACCUAUGCCAUCGCCCUGGAGAAGCUCGGUCCGAAGGUGGUGCACUCAUACGUGGGACAGGAGCCCAGCGGCAGGAACUUCAAUGAGCUGGUCCUCGACCAGAACAAGAAGCCACACAAUCCGAUGAUCAAUGCGGGUGCCAUUCUCACCUGCUCCCUGAUGAAUGCGCUGGUCAAGCCAGACAUGACCUCGGCCGAGAUCUUCGACUACACCAUGUCCUGGUUCAAGCGCUUGUCCGGCGGCGAGUACAUCGGCUUCAACAAUGCCGUGUUCCUCUCGGAGCGAGAGGCAGCCGAUCGCAACUACGCCCUCGGCUUCUACAUGCGGGAGAACAAGUGCUUCCCCAAGCGGACCAACCUGAAGGAGGUGAUGGACUACUACUUCCAGUGCUGCUCCAUGGAGACCAACUGCGAGGCCAUGUCCGUGAUCGCGGCCAGCAUGGCCAAUGGUGGCAUCUGCCCCACCACCGAGGAGAAGGUCUUUCGGCCGGAGGUCAUCCGGGAUGUGCUCUCGAUCAUGCACUCCUGCGGCACCUACGACUACUCGGGCCAGUUCGCCUUCAAGGUGGGCCUGCCGGCCAAGUCUGGCGUCAGCGGCGGCAUGAUGCUGGUCAUCCCCAACGUAAUGGGCAUCUUUGCCUGGUCGCCGCCACUCGACGACUUGGGGAACACAGUGCGCGGCCUGCAGUUCUGCGAGGAGCUGGUCAACAUGUUCAACUUCCAUCGCUACGACAACCUGAAGCACCUGUCCAACAAGAAGGAUCCGCGCAAGCACCGCUACGAGACCAAAGGUCUGUCCAUUGUCAAUCUGCUCUUCUCGGCGGCCAGCGGCGAUGUAACGGCCCUGCGCCGGCACCGACUUUCUGGCAUGGACAUCACCCUGGCGGACUACGACGGACGCACCGCCCUGCACUUGGCCUCCUCGGAGGGGCACCUGGAGUGCGUCAAGUUCCUGCUGGAGCAGUGCCACGUGCCGCACAACCCCAAGGAUCGGUGGGGCAACCUGCCCGUCGAUGAGGCCGAGAACUUUGGCCACUCGGACGUCGUCGCAUACCUUAAGUCCUGGGCCGAGAAGACAGUCGCGGCCCCAGAGUGCACACCGGAGGCGGUGACCACCAAAACCGAGGCGGAUGAGGUCAGUUCAGUUCAAGGAGCGAAACCCACUCAAGACAUAACCAAUUGCAAUCAAACAUUUCAGGAGCUGUGCAGCACCAGCGAUCUCGAUCGCAGCCCCACCAGCAGCCCCAUUCCCACGGAGUCCGGAUCGGGCCUGUCCAGCCCGGCGCCCUCGGAGUCGGGCAGCACGGCGAGCAUUGCCAGCGAUGACAAGACCAAGCCGGGUCUCUAGGCAGCAGUCAGAGAUGGUCCGGUGCCCACCGGAUACCCGUAGAAUCUCUCUCCUUCGCUCUCGAUCGCCUGUGUCUAAAUUAUUCGCACAAUCAUUUAGUUUUUACAAAGACUUAGCUUAGAGCCCCAGAGUUCCCCUUGCAUCCACCGGCCAGUCCGCGGGGAGAGCCGAUCGGCGCCUACUUUAGUUGUUAAUAAACCAAACAUCCCAAGCAACGUCCCCCCCCACCAUAGCUCCCUCGAUCAGGAUCGUGUGGGUGCUUUAGCGGCAUUUGUACUUGUACUUACCCCAACCAUCGUAGUGUACUUAGUUAGCCACAUCUACAUAUUCCAGAAUACACAAAUAUCCAUUUGAAA